AUGACUUCAGCUCCAACCAUGCAGCCAAGCUUUCUUCCCAGCCGUAACGAGCUCGGCGUCGUCGCGGUUGGGUUUUCCGGCGGCCAGACAAAAUCAGGCGUCGAUGCCGCCCCGAUGGCCCUCAUCGAGGCCGGACUUAUCCAGCAGCUGGAAACCGAUCUCGAUUUCAAGGUCACGUUUGACGGCCAGGUCCACUCUUACACCGAGAUCAUGCCCGCCGACGAUCCCGACUACCGCAACAUGAAGAAGCCAAAGUCCGUCAGCGCCGUCACUCGAGCUGUCAGCCAACAGGUGUACGAGCAUGCGUCAGCGGGCCGGUUUGUACUCACGCUUGGCGGCGAUCACUCCAUCGCCAUUGGCACCAUCUCUGGCACGGCAAAGGCGACGAGAGAGCGCAUAGGCCGCGACAUUGCAGUGAUCUGGGUAGACGCUCACGCGGAUCUCAACACGCCCGAGACGAGCGAGAGUGGCAACAUCCAUGGCAUGCCUGUGGCAUUUCUGACGGGACUGGCGAAGGAGGACCGGGAGGACUGCUUUGGAUGGAUCAAGGACGACCACAGGAUUAGCACGCGGAAGCUGGUGUACAUCGGCCUCAGGGAUAUCGACAGGGGGGAGAAGAAGCUCCUGAAGGAGCACGGGAUCAAGGCUUUUUCGAUGCAUGAUAUCGAUCGAUAUGGCAUCGGUAAAGUCAUGGACAUGGCACUUGGCUGGAUUGGCACGGAUACACCGAUCCACUUAUCAUUCGACGUAGACGCUAUUGACCCCAUGUGGGCGCCCAGCACUGGCACGCCGGUCAGAGGCGGAUUGACGCUGCGGGAGGGAGACUUCAUUGCGGAGUGCGUUGCGGAGACUGGCAGUCUGAUCGCGUUGGAUCUUGUGGAGGUCAACCCAAGCCUCGAGGAAGCGGGCGCUCACGAGACCAUCCGAGCCGGAUGCUCCAUUGUGCGCUGCGCUCUGGGCGACACUCUGCUAUGA